AGAACUUCUCCUCCCCCUGCAUCCAAGUACCUGCUGCCUCCCCAGCAGGAAACGCCGCCGGGCAUGGGCGGGGCAGCUGGGCACAACCCCAUCCGAGCCUAGCUCAGUGGGCUUGGUCCCAGGCCAGCAGACAGCCACGCCAGCGCACUUGGGGGUCAUAAAUGCCGGACAGGAGAAGCCACCCCAGGUCCCCUGCUGAGAACCGUCCUCCAAGAUGCCACAGGCCCUGCUCAUCGGCUCCCUCUUUGUCCUGCUCAGGCUGUCCCUAGGCCAGGGCCAGGUCCCCAUCCAGGCCAACUUCGAUGCCAGCCAGUUCCAGGGCACCUGGUACGUGGUCGGGGUGGCCUCAGACGACCAGGACUUCCUGAACUCCAAGGACGACACAAAGAUGCCCGUGGUCUUGGUGACCCCCCUGGACAACGGUGACCUGGCCCUCAAGUUCGGGUACCCUACGCCUGACGGCGGGUGCCAGAAGAUGCUCACGACCUUCACGAAGGGGGCUGCUGACGGGCAGUUCAGCAACGCGGCCAUGGCGCAGACUGACAUCCGGGUGGUGAGCACCGACUACGAGCACUUCGCCGUGCUCUACGCGGAGACCCGGAAGGCAGGCGUCAGGAGCGUCUGGCUGCAGCUCUACGCCCGCGCCCCGGAGCUGUUUCCUGAAGGUGCCCAGAAAAUGCAGCAGCUGGCACCCCAAGUGGGCCUAAACCCCAGCCAGGGCGCCCUGCUGCCCCAGUCCGACCAGUGUGCUGGCGCCUUCUCCUAGGAAAGCGUCCUCCCAGGAGUGCCCGUUGGGGGCCAUGCUGUACGGAGCCUUCCCCCAGGAGCACACCGUUUCUGUCCGCCACCCAUCCCCUGCACAAUAAAUACUCUCCUAAAGCCCA